UUCCUCCUUGUCUCGGGGCAGCACUUCCUCUUCUUGGGGAGGCUGUUGCACAUUUUGUCUAGUGACAGCGCAUGGCUGCUGGGGAGGCUGCCGAGCCCUGUCCACGCGGCCUGGGAGCAUCUCCAUCGCCGUCCCUGCUCGGCGGCACGUCCUCCAAGAAGCACUGUCUCCGCUUGGACCCCGAGGAGUGGCGGCUUUGGCGUUAGCGUGUGCAUCUUCUGGGCCAGCUUUGAGGCCAGCUGGUUGGAGACCACAGCGAGCAGGUGGGAUGCUGUGCCAGAAGCGUGUUUGGGCGCUCGUGGCCUUGUCCCUUGUGCUCUUUCUAUGGCAGUAUUUCCGAGCCCCCAUGGCCAGCACUGGCCACUUCUUCUGGUUGCCAUCUCUCCCGGAUGCCCGCCUCGAGCCCCCGGUCACUGCCCACUGCACCAUCAGCGUCAACAGCUCAGCCUGGUUCAACGCCCGCUACGACGCGGCCGUGGGGCCCCUGCUGACGGUGCAAGCCCAGGACCUCUCCUCCGACGUUAUUCGGUGGUGGCUGAAGCUGCAGGGAUCCCAGGGCGGAGCCCAGCUCCAGGCGACAAUCCAGCGCCUCUUCGCCGUUCUCCCGUCCCCAACCAGCAGCACGUGGGCUGCAGCCCAGUGCAGGACUUGCGCUGUGGUGGGAAAUUCGGGGCGGCUGAAAGGAGCCCGCCACGGGCCACAGAUUGACUCCCACGACUGGGUGCUGAGGAUGAACAGAGCAAAGAUAGCAGGCUUCGAGGUGGAUGUCGGCGUGAAAACAACCCAUCACUUCAUGUACCCAGAAAGCGCAGUGAACCUCUGGCCUGGUGUCCACCUCGUCCUUGUCCCCUUUAAGCCACUGGACCUGAAGUGGGUGGCCAGCGCCUUUUCCACAGGAGAACUCACGCACACAUACACAAGAGUCAAACAGUUCAUCAAAGCUGACCGAAACAAGGUGCUGAUCCUGAGCCCUGCUUUUCUCAAGUACAUCCAAGACAACUGGACACAGCACCACGGGAAGUACCCCUCCACUGGCUUCACCGCCCUGCUCUUCGCCUUGCAUGCCUGCCAGCAGGUCUCUGUGUUUGGCUUUGGAGCAGACACCAAAGGGAACUGGCAUCACUACUGGGAAGAAAACCGCUACUCUGGAGCCUUCCGCAGGACAAAGGUCCAUGAUGCUGAUGUCGAAUUCAGCCUCAUCAAGAGACUGGCAGCUGAAGGCAGGAUUUUUUUCUACGAAUGACAUAUUUCCAAGAAACUGAAGCCAGGGUGUUAGCACAAGAACUGGCAGACACCUGCACCUGCUGACAGCUGCCUCAGCUCUUUAACUUGCUUCUCCCACCAGUGCUGCUGCAUGUCAGUAGCCCUCGGCCCUACGCCAGGUUGUUCCUGCCACCCUCCAAGCCUGCCACUUCGGGGUUGGUUGAGCUGGUCCCAGCAGCUCGUUACUGCAGAAAGAGAUGCGCAUGAGCUGCGGCAGCAGCUUAGUUUCGCCUAGGAGACGUCUGCUGUAGGUCCUGCUUCUUCACCAAAGACGACACCAAGGGUGAGGAGCUGAGGCUAACCCCUUGCUUCUGGAGUCUUAAAAUUGGAUGAGUUACACCCCAGGCAGCCGUGAGCGUAACUGUGGACAUGUUCAAGCAGAUAGGAGAGUUAUGCUAGGCCUGAGCUGGUUGUUGCUGCAGGGGGAAACGUGCACAGAAAGAAGAGCACAACCUCGGGGGCUCAGGCCCUGGGCUGGGUGGGAAGGACGGGGGGAGCCGACAGGCCUCCUGUGGCACAGAGGACGCUGCCUUUGGCUGGAAACAGGGUGGGCACAGCCAGGCGGGGAUGCAGCUGGGUGGGAAGAAGAGCCGAGGGCCCUGCCUCUGCCUGCUGGGAGGCCGUGGGGGCAGGACAGCGCCUGCGAGCUGCUGCACGUGGCCUUCUGUGACCCACGUAGCAGAUGACCGCUCUGAAUCAGGCAAGACGAGGGCACGCUGGCAAAGCCCAAACUCAGGCUCUGCAGACUAGCCCACAGCUGUCUACAUGGCAACAUAUGA